CCAUGGAGCACUGACACACUAAUAUUACCCAAGGUCAUGAGUAAUAGGGAACCCAACAAAUCGUGAGAUUGGACUACUCACUUGCCUCGAAACGUUCAUGGAGAAGAACAUGGAUGAUUUUUGCUUGCUUACUUGUUUGCCUGACGCCAGGUAGAAAUGAUGCAAGAAAUCCAUGUACUUUGCUUUAUGCUGUGGUGGCUUUUACAAACAGGAUCAAGUCAUCAACAAAAAAGAUAUGAGAGAGCGGGGGCACACCCGGGGCAAUGACAAACAUCUUCCACUAGCCACAAUCCACUUUGCUCAUAAUGGCGCGACGAAGAUGUGCCAUGUAGAGUGUGAAAAGGUAAGGCGACAAUGUGAAGCCUUGUCUCAAACCCCUAGUAGAUUGAAACUUUUCUGGGCAACUUCUAUUUCGAGCACUUGCAUGGAAGUAGAGGACACGCAUGCCAUAAUAACUCUAGUUAGAUGCAUUGGGAAAUCUACUCCAUGUAGCGUCUCCUAUAAAAAUUUCUCUCUCAUGCGAUCAUACGCUUUAGCUUGGUCAAUCCUUAAAAACCAUACCCCACACUUCCCCUUAUUGAGACUCAUAGAAUGAAACAAACACCUCCUGCAAGAUAAUAAAAACCAUACCUUACACUUCCCCUUAUCGAGACUCAUAGAAUGAAACACCUCCUGCAAGAUAAUAAAAACCAUACCCCACACUUCCCCUUAUUGAUUCUAUGAACUCAGCAUUUAGACAAAGACUUGUACACCACGUUGCAUAGUCCUUUCGGUUAGAAUUGACCGAUCCUCCCAGUGCUCUCCUUUUUCGGUAUGAGAACCAAAAGAGUGUCCUUCACCUUAGUUAUUUGGUCCGGGUUCCUGAACAAAGGUGCAACAAAGUCGAGAAAGUGUCAGCCACCACCCUCCAAUACUUUUGAUAGAAAAAGGAGGGUACCCAUCCUUCCUUGAUGCUUUAAAGCCUCUCAUGCCAUGCAUACCAAAUUUGUUCAAGAUCCACCUCUUGUUGCAUGAGAUCCCAAACCAAUGGAUCCAAGGAUUCAAAAUGCAUCAGUAGAGGCUGAAGGGGACCCAACUAAGCCCGAUAUAGAUUAACAAAGAAGUACAAAGAUACUCUUUGAAGUUGACUUCUUCAUGUAUCCACGUGCCGUCCAUACUCUUCAGGCCACAUAUUCUAUUAAAGCUUCUCCUUUUUAACAGAGGUAUGAACCAGAAGCAGUAGCAGCUAGAGCUAAAAUGAAGAACUUGUCCUGAGUCUGCUACUGCUAAUGAAAGCUGCACUCGAAGAACACAAGCCCAGAAGAAACGGUGGCGUUUUGUUCAAGUCCAGGAACGGCUUUGGAACAAAACGCAGUCGUCUCCUCUAAAGAAGAAAGAGACGAGCCAACACGACGCCGUCCUUCUUAGUUAUCUGUCGUAGCAUUUUGUUUUGUGUCUUAUAGACACGUGGUGUUCUGUUAUUGGUUAGUUUUCAAUUGUUAGUUAAUUACUGUAGAUUAGCCGUUAAGUGUUCUUUGUUUUGUAAAGCUUGCUGGGUAUAUAAAUGAGAAAUCGAAAAUGAAGAUCUCGGUUGAGACCCUUCACCAAAAACCUAGCCGCUUUCUUCUUUUCUUCUCAUGGUAUCAGAGCCUGGUUGGCUUUGCUAACCCAGAUCCAGGUUUCUGCGCUGCCGAUUUCUCAUUUAUAGAUCCAGAAGAUGUCUACUCAAGAAGCACCAGUAGAUGGGUUCGUUGCUGAUGAGGUGGAGACUGAAGAUGAUAUUGCUUCAGCAAAUGACGCCACCUUGCCGCGAACACCACAAGGUGUGAAUCCUCGACAUCAGAUGGAUGCUUUUGUUCCUCCGGUGAUCCCUCGCUACGAGGACCCUUAUCUCAACCCCUACUACUUACCACCUCAUGAUGGAGGUUUGACAACUAUUAUCUCUAUGAAGCUAACUGACCAGAACUACAAUCUCUGGAGUCAGGUAAUGGAACUUGCUCUUAGAACUAAGAACAAGCUGCAAUUUGUGAAUGGAUUGAUUCCUGUACCCCAAGUGGGAGACCCCAUUUGGCAGUCUUGGCAUAGGUGUGAUAGUACUGUGCGUUGCUGGAUCUAUAACUCACUUUCAGAUGAUAUAGCAAACAGUGUGGUUCCUUACAAAGUAGCUAAAGAUGUAUGGGACAAUCUGAAAGAUAGGUUCAGCCAGGCUGACAAUAUGAGGGUUUAUGAGUUAAAUGAGCAGAUAAGAAAGUGUGUUCAAGGAAAUCUUACAGUGACUCAGUACUAUACUGCUCUAACAACUAAAUGGCAAGAAUACAAGAUGUACAGGCCAGUUUCAUGCUGUCCCUGUCCAAAUAGCCCUUUCUUUACAAUUCAGAAAUACCAGGAGCAUGAUUUGAUCAUCAAAUUCAUGCAAGGUCUCAAUGAUGUGUUCCAAUCAGCUAGAACACAGGUAUUGAUGAAUGCUCAGCUGCCUCCCAUUGAAUCAGUGUUUAAGCAAAUGGUUCAACUGGAAAGACAGCUGAAAGGGUUACAGUCUGAAAAGGGAAGAGUUGAAUCUGUUGCAUUGCUAGCAGGACAGCAGCCUAAGCAACAGAAAGGUGCUCAAGGAAGUAGAAAUCCUAGAGACUACAAGGAUGGGAAGAAGUGGUGCAGGUUCUGCAAGAAGGAGUAUCAUACCAUUGAUGAAUGUUACAAGUUGAAAAACAAACAAAUCAGAGAUGGAGAAGGUUCUUUUGCUGGUUCAGUAGAAACCAAUUUACCAGAAGGUGAUGGUUCUCAUUCUACUGCUCAUGAAGGAGGAAAAGGGGAAGGUGAUCUCCUGAGUUUGUUCACUCCCAACCAAUUUGAACAACUCAGAACUCUGCUCAAUAGAUCAUCUGCCUCUCCAUCUCCUCCUACUUCACCUGGUGUUAAGCAUUCUGCAGCUGUUGCUGUUAGAGGCUCACAAUCAGGCCAGAAGCCAGCUGGAUCUCCAUCUGUCUCAACACAACAUCCUCAUUAUGCAUCACACUCUUCAGGUAAACAAGUCCUUUCUUCUGUGGUUGAACCAACUCGUAGCACAGCAUGGGUUUUGGAUACAGGAGCAACAGAUCACAUCAUAUGUGAUAAGAGUUUCUUCAUGAAACAUAAGCCCCUGAAUCAGGUUUUUGUUAACCUACCUAAUGGACAACAGGUUCAAGCCACACAUAUAGGGAUUGUUACAUUGCCUUGUGGAUUAUUCAUAACUCAAGUCCUUUUUGUUCCUUCAUUUGCUUACAAUUUGGUUUCUGUAAGCAAAUUAACCAAAAAUCAUCCUGUCUCAUUGACUUUCAAAUCCAACUUUUGUGUCAUCCAGGACCUUAUUACUCGGAGGAGGAUUGGUUUAGCCCAAGUUGAUAGAGGUCUUUACCUUUUUAAUGAGUUCAAGGGUCAACAGUUUGGAGUUUCUAAGGAUUCCCAGAAGUUUGCAGCAGCAGUGUUCAAUUUCCAAAGCCAGGAUUUUAACAUCUGGCAUGCUAGAUUAGGACAUCCAUCUUUGUCUAGAUUAAAAGUUGUGAAACAGACUUGUAAUGAGGUUUCUCUUCCUUUAACACAACAUUGUGAAACUUGUCACUUAGCUAAGCAGAAGAGGUUGCCUUUUCCAGUUAGCACCUCAGUCAGUUCACAUGUUUUUGAGUUGAUACAUGUAGACAUUUGGGGGCCAUUAAACACUGUUUCCAGAGAUGGUUUCUCCUAUUUUCUUACUAUAGUUGAUGAUCAUAGUAGAGCAGUGUGGGUUUUUCUUCUCAAAUCUAAGGCUGAUGCCAGGCCAACACUUCAAUCUUUCUGUCUAAUGGUUAAGAACCAAUUUUCUGUUUCAGUCAAAACUAUUAGAACAGAUCAAGGCCAAGAGUUCCACAUGACUGAGUUCUACUCAGCUCAUGGUAUUGUUCAUGAAAUGAGUUGUGUUUAUACAGCACAACAAAAUGGAAGAGUUGAGAGAAAACACCAGCAUUUGCUAAAUGUGGCUAGAUCAUUAAAAUUUCAAUCUGGUUUACCUUUGAUCUUUUGGGGAGAUUUUGUUCUACAUGCUGCCUAUCUGAUUAACAGGACCCCCACUCCUAUUCUUAAUCAUAAAACUCCUUUUGAGGUCUUGCAUAAGGUACCACCAGACUACAUGACUUUGAGAGUUUUUGGAUGUCUAGCUUAUGCUACUGCUGUAGAGGGUCAUAAGUUGAAAUUUGAUCCUAGAUCUAAUCAGUGUGUUUUUCUGGGUUUUCCCCAUGGCAUUAAAGGAUACAAAUUGUUGGAUCUUAACACAAACAAGGUGUUUGUUAAUCGAGAUGUUGUCUUUCAUGAACAUAUUUUGCCUUACAAAACUGGUAAAUCUGUUCAUGAAUCCACAGAAGUUUUUCCUCCUGCCACUUCUGUUCCAGUGUCUCCUUUCUGUCCAGGGGAAUCUUCUUGUUCUGAUUCCUCUCCUACCAUUGAACCUGAUUUGACAGGCUAUUCUUCUCCUUCUGUCAAAACCACACCCUUAAAUCCUUCCCCACCAGUACAAUCUCCUUCCUCACCAGUCCAAUCUGCAACUAAUACUGAUGAUUCAGAUAACAUUUCCAUUUUAUCUGAUUCAUCACCUCCUCCUGUUCCCUCUUCUCCUCCACCUGUAGUACCCCUUAGGAAAUCUACAAGGCAAACAACAUUUCCUAAGAAGUUUAAUGACUUUUAUGUGGGUUUGAAUCAAGUCAGUUAUGAUCCCAAGAUCACAAUACCACCAGACUUGGCUCACCUUUCACCAGAGCAGCAACACUUUGCAAUGAUCCUUGCAGCAGCUUUUGAACCUUCUUGCUAUGCAGAAGCUGCUCAAGAUUUCAGGUGGAAUGAAGCCAUGAUUGAAGAAUUAAAAGCUCUAUUUGACAAUGAUACUUGGGACAUUACUGACUUGCCAGGGGGAGUUAAGGCAAUUGGGUGCAGAUGGGUUUUCAGGAUUAAGUACAAUCCAGAUGGUUCAAUUGAAAGAUUUAAAGCACGUUUAGUAGCAAAGGGGUAUACACAAAUAUAUGGUAUUGAUUACUGUGACACCUUUUCUCCUGUUGCAAAGUUAACUUCAGUAAAAAUGCUGUUAGCUGUGGCAUCUGUUAACAGUUGGCAUCUACACCAAAUGGAUGUUAACAAUGCAUUUUUGAAUGGAGAAUUGGAAGAAGAUGUGUAUAUGGAAUUGCCUGAGGGAUUAAGAAACAAACCUGAGUACAAAGGGAAGGUGUGUAAGUUGAAGAAAUCACUCUAUGGGUUGAAGCAAGCUAGCAGAAUGUGGUAUGCCAAGCUCACUGAUUCAUUGCUUGCUAAUGGAUUUAGACAGUCUAAAUCAGAUUAUUCAAUCUUCCUAACUGAUAUAAGAGGACAUCUUGUUGUUCUCAUAGUUUAUGUGGGUGACAUUGUUGUUGGAAGUGAGGACCUAGAUGCUGUUAAGACUGUGAAGAACAUGUUGAAGUCUUUGUUCAAAAUGAAAGACUUGGGGGAAUUGCAGUAUUUCCUUGGUUUAGAAGUUAACAGAACAACAGAUGGAAUUCAUGUGUCACAGAGAAAGUAUUGCACUGAGUUGCUAAAAGAAGCAGGCUUUGAUGAGUGCAAACCUGCAAAGACACCUUCAAGUGUCAAACAAGUGCUCUCAGCUGCAGAUGGUGAUCCUUUUCUGGACAUCAGCAAAUACAAGCAUCUGCUAGGGCAGUUGCAGUAUUUGACAAGCACAAGGCCUGACAUUAGCUUUGCUGUUCAGCAACUAUGUCAGUUCCAAGACUCUCCAACUUCAGUGCACUACAAAGCUUUACAAAGGGUUUUUAGAUACCUAAGCAGUUCACCAGGACAAGGUUUGUUUUACCCUAAGAAUUCUGCCAUUCAGUUGACAGGUUAUAGUGACUCUGAUUGGGCUACAUGUCCAGAUUCAAGGAGAUCCCUAACAGGGUUUUGUGUGUUCUUGGGAACAAGUUUGAUCAGCUGGAAAACGAAGAAACAAAGUACAGUUUCCAGAUCCUCUUCAGAGGCAGAGUAUAGAGCUUUGGCUCAGUUGAGUUGUGAAUUGCAAUGGCUGGUAAGGUUACUUUCAGAGUUUGGAGUAAAGCAUUCACAACCAGCCAUGGUGUUUUGUGACAACCAAUCAGCAAUACAUAUUGCUAGAAAUCCAGUCUUUCACGAAAGAACAAAGCACAUUGAAGUUGAUUGUCAUGUUAUUCGUGAAAGACUGAUGAAUGGCCUGAUUGAUUUGAAGCAUGUUUCAACAAACUUCCAACUUGCAGAUAUCUUUACCAAAAGUCUUGGUAUAGAUCGUUUCAAUAUGUUGAUGGACAAGCUGGGAGUUUCUGCACGAUCCUCGCCAGCUUGUGGGGGGGUAACAGAGGUAUGAACCAGAAGCAGUAGCGGCUAGAGCUAAAAUGAAGAACUUGUCCUGAGUCUGCUACUGCUAAUGAAAGCUGCACUCGAAGAACACAAGCCCAGAAGAAACGGUGGCGUUUUGUUCAAGUCCAGGAACGGCUUUGGAACAAAACGCAGUCGUCUCCUCUAAAGAAGAAAGAGACGAGCCAACACGACGCCGUCCUUCUUAGUUAUCUGUCGUAGCAUUUUGUUUUGUGUCUUAUAGACACGUGGUGUUCUGUUAUUGGUUAGUUUUCAAUUGUUAGUUAAUUACUGUAGAUUAGCCGUUAAGUGUUCUUUGUUUUGUAAAGCUUGCUGGGUAUAUAAAUGAGAAAUCGAAAAUGAAGAUCUCGGUUGAGACCCUUCACCAAAAACCUAGCCGCUUUCUUCUUUUCUUCUCACUUUUGACCAUAGAAAGAUGGUAGAAUCUUGUGUUCUGGUUGGCAUCUGCAACUCAUUGAUCACGUGACUUCUAUAACUAAUAUGUGUUCCUGCCAAAGCGUCUCCUCUAGCUCCUUUUGGGUCAAGAGUUGCGGUGCUAGCUCCCCUCUCGUUUACGCACUCCACCGUCGAGAGAUUGUUUUUUAGGCUCCGCUUGCGCCUUUGAAUAUGACCAAAAAUUGACCAGUUCUAACUCAGUAGUUCCAUAGAAAGAGUAUUGGUAGACUGCAGAAAGCUAUCUCCCUUGGACUAGGGAGCCAACAACACCCGUGCGAAAUCAUCAUGUCUACUUACCGGAAAAAAAUCAUCCAUGUCUAAGCUAUGCAGCCAAAACCACAAAAGAUCAUGCGCCUGGUUGCAAUUCUUUCCCUCAUCACUCACUAACACGGCUGCUCUAUGAUCAGAAACCACGCGCUCCAGAUGGUGUGUCACCGUACGAGGAUAAUUUUUGAACUAUUUUUGGUUACGAAGAGCUCGGUCCAAGUCCAAGUGCUGCUAGAGGUUGCCCCUAUUCCCAGUGAAAUGAAGCCUCAUGAAAUUUAUCUCCCCGGAGCCCGCUCAUGUCCACACAUUUUCUGAGAGGUCGACUACGAGCCUCAUGAUUAGGGAAACCACCACAACUAUCCAUUGGCCCUAGUAUGGAAUUGAGUCUCCCACCAAAACCCUAUGGAUCUAACACAUUGUGAAAUGCGAUAUAUCUCAUCCCAUAGCUCCUGUCGAUUCGCACCAUUGGGGUUGCUAUAGAUAACAGAGAUCGCCAUGACCUUGUUUGGUUGUGUUCUCUUGGAGAAGUUACGUGGAUCAUCUGCUCCCAAGAUGUUACCUCCUCCAUGUUAAGAUCCUCACUAUUCCAAAGCAUCCGAAUACCGCCUGAAAAACCAAUGAAGUCCAUGAUUGUACACCCAUCAUAAUUUGUAUGUCAGAUCACUCUGCAAGCUGCCUCACUACUAAUGUGUGACUCAACGACAAUCAAGAGGUACAGUUUAGUUACCAAAAAAAACUCUUCAAAUAGGUUAGAAACCUAUCAUUUCCUGCCCCCGACAGUUCCAUGCUAAAAUAUUUAACAUCUAGUAAUGAAGAAAGAAAAGAAACCAAAACAAACUAUCAACCGAGAACAAAGGAGAAAAGCUUCUGUGACAGGAAAAUGAAAGUGGCUACUAUGCAUGGAUAGAAGGGGCUUGGGUGCUUGGCUCCCUUCGAGAGUAACACGAGGAUCCUUUGCGAGUCUUCCUGGAUAACUUUUGUAUUUUCCUGCAUGGGUUGCGGUACAAUUUCAUGGAUCAUACGAUAAGAUGAGAAAGUGCCCCAAGAUUGGUAAUGUGGAUGCUAUCAUAGCGGAGUAUGUACUACCUAGAAUAGUAACCGAAAUUAGAGAACCCUAAAAUGUCAGUGAUGAACCAUAAAAAUAAUUAAUAGGUACUUAUGCU